AUGCGUGGGCUAGUAGAUGCUGAGUUUGUAGGUGGUGAGUCAGGGGAUGGUGGAGUAGAAGGAGUAAGCAGUGGGUGUGGUGUAGUGGAUGUAUGUUUAAAAAGCCAGGAGAAGAGUAUUUGGAGACGACGGUCAGUGAAUGUAGCCGGGUUAGUGCUUUACGUUGUUUUAAUGGCUUCAUUUCUGAUUGGCUAUCACUUGGGAGGUGAACUGGCCAUUAUUAUAGAAAGGCUAAAGAGAAAGUGUUAUUGGAUAAUGCGACCACGAGUAGCAGAGAUAGGCGUAGAGAUUGAUGGUGACAAGAAUAUGCCCUUUUUAGUGGAUGAUUUAGAUAUGAUAUAG